CGCUCAGCAACAAUUUUGAAGCAGUAACAAGCCUCGUUCGCAUCAUUUUUCUACUGUCGAAGGACUUGCGAGAAUUAAUCGUUAUUCGCAGCCAUCUAACGUUAAACAUGACAAACGUCAUCAACGUUCAUAGCGUCAUCUGCGAUUGUAUCGAGUUGGAAGGUUGGAACUAAAUCUGUUCGAGCUCAGCAGAACGAUGAUACAGCGAAGGUGGUAACAAUCUGAUCUCGAUUGAAUCGUGUACGUCGAGUGUUAAAAAUCGGGAGGGAAAGUGAGAGGUACUCGUGUUGUGUGUUAUUCAACCUGGACACGUCGAACGAAAUCACGAUUUCGUGAACGCACAGCCGUGACGAGUUAACCCACUGACUGAUAAAAUGCAAUAUGGAGUCAUUCUUGGAAUUAUUUAACCCAGUAAGUCACAAAGAUGCACAAAAGCACAUGUGGAAUGACUCAGAAAAUGAGGGAAAUGGAAUUUCGGAUUGUGAAAAUUCAAGCAUCGACGAUGAUCACGAGGAGAGACUACCACCAGAGCCAGAACAGGGGAACGUCGAAUAUAAGCUAAAAUUAAUAAAUCCCUCUAGUCAACGAUUCGAGCAUUUAGUGACACAAAUGAAGUGGCGUCUAAGAGAAGGACACGGAGAGGCUAUUUACCAAAUUGGUGUGGAGGAUAAUGGUAGGCUGACUGGUUUAACUAGAGAAGACAUGAAGGCGUCGUUAAAGACUCUAAACGAUAUGGCAGCCAGAUUAGGUGCUGCAACGAGUAUAUUACGCGAAAGGCUUGCCAAUUCUAAAAAUAAAAAUAGGUGCGGGCACGGUAACAACAAAGAGGAAAGACGCGUAGCGGAAGUUUUGGUGAAAAAAAUAAGGAAGGGGGACAGAGAGGAUCAGGACAGUAUUGUCGAUUUAAGGCUCGCAGUAACCGGUGCGCAGGACGCUGGGAAAUCAACUCUCUUAGGCGUACUGACCCAGGGUGAGUUAGAUAAUGGUAGAGGAAGGGCGAGACUUAAUAUGUUACGACAUCUUCACGAGAUAAAAACGGGUCGUACGUCGUCGAUAUCCCACGAAAUCAUAGGGUUUGAUAGCGAGGGACACGUCUUGAAUUAUGCGGAAAUGGCGACCGCGGAGGAAAUAUGCGAGCACGCUUCGAAAGUCGUUACGUUUAUAGAUUUAGCUGGCCAUCGGAAAUAUUUAAGGACGACGGUGCUCGGUCUCACGGGAUACUCCCCUCACCACGUUAUGCUAGUCGUAGCACCGCCAAUGAACGAAGCGUCUCAGGAACAUAUGGCUUUAUGUCUAACUCUAGGACUCCCUUUCUUCAUAGUCGUAAAUAAAAUUGACCUCGGUUUUUGUAGUACACCAGAGACGAUAAAUCAGCUAGAGGGCGCGAUUAGCGCGCAGGGCUAUUCCAAACAAUUAGUAAUGUAUAACGAGAGUCUAACCGCGUGGGAUUACGAGUCCGACAUGAUACCAGUGUUCAACGUCAGUUGCGUCACUGGCGAGGGUUUAGGUGAUUUAACGAAUUUCAUAAAGAACUUAUCACCGUACGAUGUGAAUUCUACGAAUUCAGAUUCCGAAUCUUGCCUGUUCCAAAUCGACGAAACCUUCAGGGUAGCAGGACUGAACGAACCUGUUUUAGGCGGAUUGCUCGUGAAAGGAGCAAUCGCUCCCGGUACUCGAUUACUGGUAGGACCUUUGCCAGACGGGGAGUUCAGUCCCGUCAAGGUCGUCAGUUUACAUCGCAAUAAGGCGCCAUGUUGUUUAGUGAGAGCCUCGCAGAGUGCAAGCUUAACGCUAGCACCACCGACAAACAGAGGCCCUCCCCUGCCGCAUCUUCGACCUGGAAUGGUUUUGGUAUCGUUAUGGGACCAGCCACACGCGACACUGUUUUUCCAGGCCACUGUAUUAAUAGUGUACCAUGCCACCGCAAUAUUCUCUGGUUUCCAAACGACAGUGCACGUGGGGAAUGUAAGGCAAACGUGCAUUAUCAAAGGUAUAAUGGACGCAAACGAUAGAGGAUUGCAAACAAAUGAUACAGCUUCUGUGCUGUUCAGGUUUGUCAAUCAUCCAGAAUAUCUGCAUGUCGGAAUGCGAUUGUUAUUGAGGGAGGGUCGCACCAAAGGGAUUGGUAAAAUUACGCAGAUAUUUCCUUUGAUAGGUCAACAAAGCGGUAUGCAAUAAUUUAAACAAAAUUCCACGUGUAAAAAGUAUUAAGCGUUAUAGAUUGUUUAAAAGGUUGUAAGAAAUUUAGUUAUUUUAACGCAAUACGUAAUUGUAAUACGUAUCUAGUGUAAGUAUUUGAAAAUUAUCAACUCUUUUAAAACAAUUUCAGAGGGGUAUAUACGUUGUCAGUGUUGUGGACAAAAUAUGAAAUAGAUUUUUUUUUUUUUGGACAUAGCGUGUGUGUAUACACAUACACAUAGAUAUUUAAUUUGAUUUUCUGUUCCUUUUUCUCACCUGGGAGAAACUAAUCCCAGGUGGAUUUAAAACAUUGAAAAAUAUGUUUCGGAUUGUUAGGGAUUGCGACGCUGCAAAACGAAUUUAUAAUUUAGAAAUAUUUUUGCUUCGAGCGUCCAAACAACAAGAUACUGCUUAAAGAGGAAAGAGACCUUACUGUCUCGUUAAAUUUCAUUCAUCGUCGUGUUAUUGUUUCAAUAUAGUAUUUAUGCAGUUAUCGCUUAGGAUUAAUCUUAUUUCGUAUUACGAAGUAAAUUAUUGCCCAGUUAGUGUGAUAUUUUGAAUAAAAAGAAAAUUCUUUGUGAGUACAAUCAUUAAAAUAAUGCAAUAUUUCACCAAAAAAAAAAAAUAAAUGAAAAGUUAAUCUUAAGUGUGAAAAAUAAAAGUUUUAAAAGCGUAUUGAAACUCGAACGAUGCGGAAUAAAUAUUUUUGUAAUCGAUUACUGUAAGGAUCGAAUACAAUAGUGUUUAGUUCAUAGAACUUUUAGAGCCGCAAGAUUUUCUCUACCGUUAACAAAUUACAGUCAACCUUCCUAUAAAUAAAUUUAUUCCAAAUAUUUUUGACGAUCUUGAGAGUUUGUACAUUAAAAUUGAUAUGUAUAAAAAUUCAACAGUUUAAUAAAACGGUCUCGAACUUUGGCCUAUUUCCAAGGCACUACUGUAUUAUGUCACAGUAUAGACGGAGAAUUUCCUGCCCAUUUUUGACGAAAAUAGUGUGAUGGAACUAUUCGCGCUAUGUGAGGAUUAUCGAAGUUUAUAUAAGACGUGUUAAAUGGAAACCGUGUUGCAGGAACAUCAUGUAACAGGGGGACUAUUGCAACUUGCGUACUGUGUUAUAUCGAAAUUGUGAUUUCAGAGUAGCAUACUAUAAGAGGAUUGACUGUACCGUAUCUUGGAAAAGCUACUUAAUUACAGACGGUUGUACUUACAGGUAUAUUAAAAAUUGAAAAAAAAAAAGAAGCCUUUAAUAUUAUCUGAAAGUUACAUGUUCUGUAAAAACAUAUAUAUCGACGCGUUAUGUUGUAAAUUAUUACACAGCCGUCCAAAGU